CGGCGGUGGUUCAACUAGAGCGCCGCGGCUGCAGGCCCCCCGCCGCAGGGAUGGACCGCCGAGGCGGCGGCGGUCGGGGCGGCGGAGGCGGAGGCGGAGGCGGCCGGCCCGGAUAAGAUGCUCCAAGUCACUUGCAGCUGUCUUCAGAAGAAAAAUCACUAGCGCUUUGCUCUUGUCAUCAAACCCGACAUUCUUGACUUAUGCUUUGGUGCUGCCACACUGGAAGAAUUGCACACAGGCUCCAGGAAUCCCUUCCUUUUCAUGUGAUCGGUUCUCUGUGGAUUAAAAAAAAAAAAAGAUUUGAGUCUUACUAUUUAGAGCUAAUUCUCCUUAGUUGUUGGACCUGCUUCAUAAAUCGGGUCGCUUACCAAUGAGCCAACCAGCCAGUUCAUGUCAGGAACUGACCGAAAACUGUGCCGUGAAUGCAGUGGGGAUGGCAGAAGAAGAGAGCUGCCGCAGUCAGGUGCCAUCUACCUUUUACCAUGGUGCCAACCAAGAACUUGACCUGCCCACCAAAGUGUACAAACGGGAGUCAGGAAGUCCUUACUCUGUGCUAGUCGACGCCAAGAUGAGCAAGCCGCAUCUCCACGAAACGGAGGAGCAGCCAUAUUUCAGGGAGUCAAGAACAGUGUCUGACGUGCGCGCUGUCAAAGAAGACCAGGAGAAUUCCGAUGACACGGAGGAAGAGGAAGAAGAGGAAGAGGAGGAGGAGGAAGAAGUCUCUUACAAAAGGGAGCAGAUCAUAGUGGAGGUAAACCUUAAUAAUCAAACGUUAAAUGUCUCUAAAGGGGAAAAGGGUGUCUCUUCUCAGUCCAAAGAGACUCCUGUUCUUAAGACGAGCAGCGAGGAGGAGGAAGAGGAAGAGGAGGAAGAGAGCGAGGAAGAGGCCACAGAUGACAGCAACGACUACGGAGAGAACGAAGGACAGAAGAAAGAGGAGAAGCGAGCGGAGAAAGCCAGCGUGACACCCCGGAGGACCCGGAGAGCUGCCUCUGUUGCUGCAGUGGCCGCUCCCCCCUCGCCCCGGACGACCCGAGGAGGCCGGAGGAAGAGUGUCGAGCCUCCGAAGCGGAAGAAGCGGGUCACCAAGGAGCCCAAAGCUCCGGUUCCGAAAGCUAAGAGUGAUGAGAAAGAGACGCUGACCUGUGAGAAGUGCCCGAGGGUGUUCAAUACGCGAUGGUACCUGGAGAAGCACAUGAACGUCACGCAUAGGCGCAUGCAGAUUUGCGAUAAAUGUGGCAAGAAGUUUGUGCUGGAAAGUGAGCUGUCUCUUCACCAGCAAACAGACUGUGAAAAAAAUAUUCAGUGUGUGUCCUGUAACAAGUCCUUCAAGAAACUCUGGUCCCUUCAUGAACAUAUCAAGAUUGUUCAUGGAUACGCAGAAAAGAAAUUCUCCUGUGAAAUUUGUGAGAAGAAAUUCUAUACCAUGGCUCACGUGCGGAAACAUAUGGUUGCACACACAAAAGACAUGCCAUUUACGUGUGAGACCUGUGGAAAAUCCUUCAAGCGCAGCAUGUCACUUAAGGUGCACUCCUUGCAACACUCUGGCGAGAAGCCCUUCAGGUGUGAGAAUUGUGAUGAAAGGUUCCAGUACAAAUACCAGCUACGCUCCCAUAUGAGCAUUCACAUUGGACACAAACAGUUCAUGUGCCAGUGGUGCGGCAAAGAUUUCAACAUGAAGCAGUACUUCGAUGAGCACAUGAAAACACAUACUGGAGAGAAACCCUUCAUCUGUGAAAUCUGUGGCAAGAGCUUCACCAGCCGCCCCAACAUGAAGAGGCACCGCCGAACCCACACGGGCGAGAAGCCUUAUCCUUGCGACGUGUGUGGCCAGCGGUUCCGCUUCUCCAACAUGCUCAAGGCCCACAAGGAGAAGUGCUUUCGGGUGACCAGUCCCGUGAACGUGCCGCCCGCCGCCACCGUCCAGCUGCCCCUGACGACUGCCCCCGUCACCCCGGUUCCUUCCGCAGUAAACACCCCUGCCACCCCUGCCCCUCCAGUCAACAUGAACCCCGUAAGCACGCUGCCCCCCAGGCCGCUCCCCCACCCCUUCUCGCACCUGCAUAUCCACCCCCACCCGCACCACCCGCACCAUCUCCCCAUCCCACCUGUCCCUCACUUGCCCCCGCCUCCUGCUCUCUUUAAGAGCGAGCCUUUAAACCAUAGGGGCCAGGGCGAGGACACCUUCCUGAGGCACCUGGCCGAGAAGAACAGUCCCGGGCCACCCCAGCAUCAUUAACACCCCUCCGGCCACCUCCACCUCGCCACUUCUUCCCCGCCAGUUCUGGCUUUGCAGCUCAAGGGCUGCAGAGUAGCUAUGGCGCCUUCAACCUCUUCUCUGGCCUCCUGUCGCCUCGGGGAGUCA